UGCCACGCAGCUCCCCGGUGCUGUCCUCCUUUGUGCCUCCGCCUUUAUCCUCCCGGAGCUGAAUGGGAAUGAACUUUUCCAUGUAGUUCUCUUUUUAAAUGUUAAUUAAGUGGUUUUAAAAUGACUUCAGCCAUCAUGAAUACAGCUGCAGCAUCGCUCCGUGUGUCCCUCCCCGCCACCGUCUCCUUGCCCGGUUCAUUUUCUGGUGGCCGCCAGGCCAUGGCUGACUGUGGCUCUUUCCAGCCCAUGUAGUAUGAGGGCAGGAGAGGGAGGUUGGCACCAGUGACAAAGCUAAGAGAGGGACAAGGAGAAAAAGUCCAUCUCUGGGAACCCAUCCUAUCUGGCUGACCCAGACAGCAUCCUCCAAACAGCGUUGGUACCUGCUGUUCCUGGGUGUUGGGACAGCCCUGUCCCACCUGCCUAGGGUGGCAUGCCACGCAGGUCACCAUGUCCCAGGUGGCCAUAUAGGCUCUCUGGGAGCCCUGUGCCAUGUGGCCAGGAGGCUGUGCCAGCACCUGGGGUUUAUUAAGAGGGACACUUCUCCCACGGCAGAGAAAAGACAGCGUUCGGCUGUCAGGGGAUCGCUGCUGAUGCUGCUGGACGCAGCAGAGCUGCUCGCGGGUCGUCGUUCUGGGUUUGCCCCCCGGUUGUCCCCAUGGCUUGCCUCUGGGCUCACUCUGGGCUCCUGGCUCGGCCACCCGCUGCGAGGGCUCGGGGUGCGCAGGGUGCCAGCCGCUCCGUUUCUCCUCUGCAGAGGCAAGCAUGGCGUCGGGCGGAUCGACAUUGUGGAGAACCGCUUCAUCGGGAUGAAGUCCAGAGGUAUCUAUGAGACCCCAGCGGGAACGAUCCUAUACCAUGCGCAUUUAGAUAUCGAGGCCUUCACCAUGGACCGGGAAGUACGGAAAAUCAAGCAGGGGCUCGCCGUGAAAUUCUCCGAGCUGGUGUACAACGGCUUCUGGCACAGCCCCGAGUGUGAAUUCAUCCGCCACUGCAUCAGCCACUCCCAGGAGCUGGUGGAGGGCAAAGUGCGCCUCUCCGUCUUCAAGGGCCAGGUCUACAUCUUGGGCCGAGAGUCCCCACAGUCCCUGUACAAUGAGGAGCUGGUGAGCCUUUGAGUGACGGCGUCACAGGAGCCCGGCAGAAAGCGGUGCGAGGCAGAGCUGGGUGGAAAUGCCUCCGCACAGUAGGUAGAAAGUAACGUAAUUAUAGAGCAGGUCAGAACCACUCGAAUGAGCAAAAAUAAAAGCACAGAGGUUUUUCUGCAGCCCGUCAGGGGAGGUAAAAUCAUUGUAAACUCUUUUUUUUUAUUUUUUUAUUUUUUUUAGUUUCCACCC